AUGUGCAUCGACUAUCGAGUCGUGAAUAGUUUCAUUCAAUUGUCGAACUACCCACAACCGCUGAUCGACGAUCUCAUUACCGGUUUCGAAGGAAUGAUGUGGUUUAUGAGUCUUGACAUGGCAAGCGGCUUUUGGGCAGUCCGAAUGACUGAAAGAGCUAAGCUGAUAUCGGCGUUCACCUGUCCAUUCGGGCAUUUCCAAUGGGUGCAUGCGCUGCUUUAUCGGUUGCGGUAUUGGGGUAUCUCAGUUAGCUUGCCUAAAAUUGAAUUCGGGAAGCGUGUCAUACCAUACCUCUCUCACGAGAUUGGUGCGAAAGGGAUACGUGCCACCCCGAAGAUCAUAAAAGGCAUUCAGGAGUUACCGUUUCCGUCUACCCUGAAAGGAGUCCAGUCAUUUCUAGGCAGCCUGAAUUAUUACUACAAAUUCAUUGAGGAUUACGCCGUGGUAGCGGCUUCACUCUAUGAGUUGACCGAUGAUCAAGUGCGUGCAGGGCGAGACUUGUCUCGGGCAAGGGAAUCUUUCGAGAUCCUGAAGAAGAAGAUUGUGUCUACACCUCUACUCAGACACCCGGAUCGGACGAAACCUUUUGUGAUCAUCCCGCAUGCGAAUCAGUGGGCUGCUUGCGCAGUUCUAGGACAGAUGCAUGACGGACUUGUUCAACCGGUUCGUUUCACGGGGCGUGUCCUGAGUGACGCCGAACUCAAGUAUCAUAUUGCUGAGAAGGAAGUCCUUGCUGUAAUGCGAGUUCUCCAUGUGUUCAAGAACCGGAUCGAAGGAUGUUCGCUGAUAAUCUACACACGACAUUCAGUGUUGAAAUGGGUCAUCAACUCCAAGACCGCCGAAGGCCGUCUGAUGCCAUGGGGUGUCGUUCUCUCACAGUACGACUUGGAAAUUCGGAAGGUCAGUCGAGAUGAGGAUGGCCUAGCCGUCAUUAUGGGUGCAGGCAUCACUCCCAGGGAGCACUUGGAUGAAGUCACCGAAGUACUCAUUCCAGCCAAGGGGCGCAUCAAGCCGCCUCCAGUCGUGAGCGUCGAAAUGCUCUCCGAAGAAUACUCCGGAGUAGUCCUGAGUUUCGAUGGUGCGGCUAAAACUUCCACAAGGAAAGGCAGCUGUGGAUGCAUUCUGUGGCAGCUACCUGAAUGGAAAGUUUUGGAUGCUCGAGGUUAUAUCCUGGAUGGAGUCACUGUCAUCGACGCGGAAUACUUCGGGUUGCUUAAAGGGCUCGCGAUGGCUUUGGAAAGAGGAAUUCGGGACAUAGUUGUCGUGGGUGACUCGAGAAUUGUGAUUCAACAAGUCCAAGGUCUGAUUAAUUGUAAUCAGCCUAACCUACAAAGGAGACUAGCUGAAUGUGAAACCCUGAAGAAACGUUUCCAGACGCGCGAGUUCAACCAGGCCGCUGAUUACCUGACAUCGAAAACUCUUGUCCAAGGUGAAUCCUGGAUUGUUCAGGAUGAUCUCGAGAAACAGCACCUGGAAGUAGUGUCUAAGAUUUGCGAGCAGUUGGUGAAGUCGUCAGAAAGCACUGACUCUCGAGUUCGCAGUGGAGACCUCAUACAAGACUCUGGUGAAGAAGAUGACAAUGCAAGAGCGAGACAUAGUCCUGGUCCUGAAUGUGCCCCUCUAUCUUCUGCCGCCCGAGUCAUGGCUGUACUCACGAGAUCGCGAUCUCAAGAAGCUGAUGACGAUGAGGUUGCACCCAUGGGACCGCUAGAGUUUCAGGCUGAACGCUGGAGACGGAUCAAGGUUCAUCAAGAAGAAGACGAGUAUCUAGCGGAGAUAUGA